AUGGCAAGGAUGGGUGUGGAUGCCGCUGGAGGGGUGGGUUCAGGUUGUGGGCGGCCGGCCGCUGCAGUGCCCCAAAAAAAGGUGGAAGGCGGCCCCGCCGGGUCUGCAGUGCGGCUCGAGCGCCACUUCCAGUUUUCUUCUCUAUUUUUUCUGCAGCAAAAUAUCGCGCGACACCAGCGCAGGCACCAAGUACCGGUACCAGGUACAGGUACAAGGGAAAACGUGGGAGCCACACCAGAUCCCCCCCAACACCAGCCCUGGAGGGCACCUGGGAACAAGCAACAGCCUUUGGGCAUGGCGCCACACAGGGCCCCAGCGAGCGCAUGUCACUGGCGUGGUGUGGCCACCACCCAGCGCAACGCAUUCCCCUUUGCAAUUUCCAGCGGGCGGCCCCCCUUGUCCGUGGGCUUUUUUUACGCCUGCUCCUUCGCUUCCAGGUUGCUGGCUGGCCUCAGAUGCUGCUACUGCAAAUAA